GUCACCGCAGGGGAAUUAAAAUCAGCCCGACUCUUCCCCUUCUUUCCGUUGCAUCCAUGCCAGUCCGUUGGUCCGAGACUGAAAGAACCAUUGUCAAAAUUGCACAGAGGUGCUUAAGUGUCUAAUCCAGAACCCCAGCGAACUCGCGAAAUCUAGUCGUACUAGAGUUUUCACUUUUCAUUUCCUCCUACUUCUCCAUCUCUCUAUUCCCGGUCUGAUUACUGACGGUAUUUGCUACACGUGAAGAUAAAUUUUGGGCAGCGGAAGCUAAAUUUCUCGAACUUUUUCAUCCCAAUGCGGGGCAUUUGGCCUUGAAAUCAAGCACUCUGGUAUGGUUUUGGUUGAUAAUGGCAAGCACCUCUGGUCAAGGAUAUAAAAUAAACCGAAAUUAUAGGUGUUGGCUAACUGAAACUUUUGAUGGCCAUGAUACAGCUGAUGAUGAUCUAUCAGAUAAUCUGGAUGGAAAUGAUGACAUGAUUCAACCAUCCCUUCAAACUUUUCCUUCAAGUUUGGUACCUCUGGAACCAUUUGUUGGCAUGCAGUUUGAAUCAGCAGAGGAUGCUAGAGAAUUUUACGAGAUGUAUGGCAGGCAUCUAGGAUUUACCAUACGGAAUAACCGCACACGUCGUUCACUCAAAGAUAACUCAAUAAUUGGUCGGGAAUUUGUUUGCUCGAAGGAAGGUUUCCGUAUAGGAAGGCAAGCAAAUAGAAAAAAUGGAGUUCUUCCAUCACGACAAGCCACUAGAGAGGGAUGCAAUGCAAUGAUGAGGAUAGCUGCCAAGGAUGGGGGAAAGUGGGCUAUAUAUGGUUUUGUAAAAGAGCAUAACCAUGAGCUGAAUCCUAGCAAAGUUCCACCUCGACGAUCUCAUAGGCUAGCGUUCUGUGAGGAUGAGAAAGAUUUGAAAAUCCGGGAACUAACCACGGAGCUGCAUCGUGAGAAAAAGAAAUCUGCAGCUUACCAGCAGCAACUACAGUUGGUUUUAAAAUAUAUUGAGGACCAUACUCAGAGGCUGUCAUUAAAAGUUGAAGUGGCAGCUAACAACAUGAGAGAACUAGAGUCUGAGGAGCAAGACAGUGCACGAUCUGAGUAGUGUGUCGAGUGAACAAGAUAUAAUUAAUUGUGAUUUGUAUCUGAUUUAUCCAGUUAAAUGGAUAAGAUCCUUUAAAACAGUUUGGGAAUCACUUUAUAUGGCUCUUUCUGCAUCCAUGGCUAGCCGCCUGCAUUUCUUAAUAAGGUCCUGUAAAGUUUUCUUUCAA